CGUUUCCUUCAUUCCUCCAGUUUCAGGAAGUUCACACCGGGUUGAAGUGUCUGCGGACGGCGACAGUCCUGCUCGCUGUGGACAGGAAGCAGGCCGGAACUCACUCUGCAGGCUCCUGACGGGAUUGUGACUGAGCCUGCAGCUAACCGAGGAGACGAGAAUGGCUGCUCUUGGUCGUCUGAGGCUGUGCCGCUCCACUGCCAAUGGCAUCUCUAACUUUCACACCAGCAGCCGGGCUCAUGCCAAGGAGCAUUACAAAAUGCUUGUGCUCGGGGGAGGCACCGGGGGCAUCACAAUGAGUGCCCGGAUGAAGAGGAUGAUGGGAGCGGGGAACGUCGCCGUUGUAGAGCCCAGCGAGAUGCACUACUACCAGCCGAUAUGGACCCUGGUCGGUGCUGGUACAAAAUCUCUAGCCUCAUCCGGUCGACCCACUGCCAGCGUUAUGCCUUCUGGAGUGAAGUGGGUGAAAUCUAAAGUUCAGGAAAUAAACCCAGACACCAAUACUGUCCGCACAGAGGAUGGAAGUGAAAUCUCCUAUGAGUAUUUGAUUGUGUCUCUUGGAUUACAACUGCAUUUCGAGAAGAUCAAAGGACUACCAGAGGCGUUCGGCCAUCCAAAGAUUGGGUCAAACUACUCAGUGCAAACUGUGGAGAAAACAUGGACGGCUCUGCAGAACUUCACCGAGGGCAACGCCGUGUUCUCUUUCCCAAAUACUCCUGUGAAAUGUGCUGGAGCGCCACAGAAGAUCAUGUACCUAACGGAUGCCUUUCUCAGGAAGACAGGAAAAAGGGACAAGGCCAAUAUAAUAUACAACACAUCGCUCCCUGUGCUGUUUGGCGUCAAGAAAUAUGCUGACGCAUUGUGGGAGAUUGUGAAAAGCCGUGACCUACAAGUGAACCUGAGGCAGAACCUGAUUGAAGUGCGGGCAGACAAACAGGAAGCUGUGUUUGAAAACCUUGACAAACCCGGAGAAACAAAUGUCAUUGAGUAUGAAAUGCUUCACGUCACACCUCCAAUGGGACCCAACUUGGUGAUUAAAGGCAGUCCACUGGCCGAUGAGGCCGGCUGGUUGGACGUCAACAAAGACAAUCUCCAACAUAAGACGUAUCCAAAUGUGUUUGGGAUCGGAGACUGUACCAACCUGCCAACCUCCAAAACUGGUGCCGCUGUCGCUGCGCAGUCUGCCAUCCUGAACAGAACCAUCAGCAAAGUACUGAAAAAUGAGAAGCCAGACAGGAAGUAUGAUGGCUACACGUCAUGUCCGCUGGUUACGAGCUACAACACCGUCAUGCUGGCAGAGUUUGACUACAACGGAGAACCACUGGAAACGUUCCCCAUCAACCAGGCCAAAGAAAGACGAUCAAUGUACCACAUGAAAGCUGAUGUAAUGCCUCAUCUCUAUUGGCACGGGCUUCUCAGGGGCCUGUGGGGUGGACCAGGACCAUACAGGAAACUCUUUCAUCUCGGGAUGAAGUGAAACUUCAUUAUCAGUUACAAGUUCAGAGUUACGUUUCAUUAUAUGACAUUUCUAGUGUGAAAAAGAAAGCAUGAAAUUCACAAUACCUUAAUGGAUAAAUAGUGAUUAUUAGUGAUUUAAGUGUAAUCCUACAUCCUAAAUUGUUAAUGAAAAAUAUAAAUAUAUACUCAGAAUAGUAUUGACCUUGUAUUUUAUGGUGUUUUAAAUUGUAUAUUAUAACAACAAUAUUGUUAUUGAUAUAGUGCAUAAGGGUUUGUUUUUCUGUAAUAAUUAUUUUAUUAUAAGCUGCUGACUUAUAUUUCUGGUUGGACUUUUGGUUAAUUCAUUAUUAUACUGCUUUCCAGGCAGCCAGUUUGUUUCAGCGUCAUGAAAUUCACCUUGCAGAGCCUAGAUAUAAAUUGACAUUUUGUUGUUGCGUGUUGUUUGGAAGACAAUGCAACUUUGUGUUUCAGAGAAUCCAUGUUACAGCUGAGUCAUGAAGGCAGAGACACAAAUUAAAACUUUACUUUUUACAGCAUGUACCGGGGCAGGGCCAGGGGGCAUCUAUUCUUUUUAAUAAAGAAAUAAGUCACUCACUAA